UUUUGCACAUUAAACUUCCACUGCGAUGUAUUCGUUUCAGUAAUACAUACAAUACUUUUUGUAAUUUAUUUAUUUUAAUUUAUUCAUUACUUAAUCAAGCAAUAAUAUCGUUGUUUAAUCAUUAAUAGAUAGAAGUAUCUAAAGAUUAUUGCAAACAUUUACAGUACUAGUAACAUCGGAGUGCUUUCUGAAGAUGUUGCGUUAUCCAGGUUCACGAUUUCAAUAGUUAUAGUAAUGCGCCACCUGGAAGCUUUUGUACGCGUAAUGACAGUGUUGUUGCGUUACGGUUUACGGCAUUGAGUAAUUGUAAAUAUAUCAUUAACGAAGGUUAUAUCUUACAUAUAAUCUUGAAAAUGAACCUGAAACAUUAGAAUUAUUUAAUUUAAUUGUAUAUGCAAAUGAUGUCGAUAGUCGACAAUCAAUUGUGAUAAUUUCUUUGUACCAUGAUGGGAAUAUUGUAUGAAAAACGGCCACUAAAACGGCCUAGACUAGGGCCGCCUGAUGUCUAUCCCCAAGAACCCAAACAAAAAGAAGACGAACUCACUUCUAUAAAUGUUAAACAUGGAUUUGCUACAAUGCCUCAGUUAUCUGAUGAAUUUGGGACUGCAAGACUUUCUAAUGUGACGGCUGCUAAAGUGGGAGCGUACUUCAAUGCAAUUCUUGCAAAGAAGGAAGAGCUUUCAACCAUGCCGGAUACAGGAAGAAAAAGACAACAGAUCAAUCCAAAGGAUAAUUUCUGGCCAGUGACUGCAAGAACAAAAAAUGGCAUUGAGGCAUGGUUCAAAGAUCUAUCUGGUUGCAAGCCUUUAAUAGCUCUGGCAAAGAAAGCCCCCAACUUUAAUAAGAAAGAAGAGAUAUUCAUGAUGCUUUGUGAAUAUCAAGUGCCAAUGUUAAGAGCAGCCUGGUUUAUUAAACUUAGUUCAGCUUAUACAGUAGCAGUUUCAGAGGCCAAAAUAAAAAAGAGACAAUUGCCUGAUCCAACUACAGAAUGGACAGGAACACUUAUCAAAUUCUUGAAGGACCAACUUUCAAAGUUACAAGAAUAUUAUUACAUAAAUAGCCAUGCGACAAACAGCACUAGUAAUAAUAGUAUUGUAAAUAAUUCCUGCAAUGGCAAUGGCUCUGGAAGUAGCAACAAUAACAAUAACAGUAAUAAUAAUGUUAACAGUAAUACUAACACUAAUAAUGGAGCUGUUACUAAUCAGCCAACUACACCAAAUUCAAAUAGUCAAAUAAUAUCUGGAAGUACCAUGAAUGAAGAACAUAAAUUAGCAUUAAAACAGUGGCAUUAUUGCAUACAGUUGGCAAAGUAUAUGUUUGAAGAAGGUUUGUUAGAUAGGCAGGAAUUACUGCAGUGGAUUUUAGAAUUAUUAGACAAAAUUAAGUCUUCUCCUUCGGAAGAUGGUAUUUUAAAACUUUUAUUGCCAUUGGCAUUACAAUAUUUGGAAGAAUUUGUGCAAUCCGAAUUAUUAGCAAGACGUCUAGCAUAUCUAUGCUGUCGUAAGUUGGCACACAUGUGUAAUAAUGUGGAAACCAAUGGCAAUCCACAAAGUCCAUCUAUAAAUAAAAGCGAUGUUAAUUGUGGCAAGGAAACUGCCACUGCUAGUCAAACACCAAAUCCAUUAACUGCUGCUUUUAAUGACUAUUUGUCAUGCCCACAUCACAAAGAUGUAAUAUAUAGUUUAUCAACAAUAAUACAGGUUAUCACGUUAGAAUGUCCAACCGCAUUGGUAUGGAAUAGUGUUGGAGAAGGGAAAGCCCCAUCUGUACUAAACGGUUCUCCUUUGGACUAUUUGUCGUACCCUCCGACAGCUUUGCCGUGUCCACCGGCAAGCGCAACUAAUCCCAUAUUAAAACAAUUGAAAAUUGCGCAAGAAAAUAUUCGAGCAAGAUCUCAAGCUGCUGAAGGCAAAUGGUCGUGCGAUAAAUGGCAACAAAGUAGCGCCGGAAUAACGACAACAAAAGUACUAGCUGCUUUAGACGCUCUAGAUCGACACAGUUUUGAUAGAAUGGAUUCUAACAAUUCAUUAGACACCUUGUACGCUAAAAUAUUUACGUCACCUCCAAAAGAUAAUGCAAAUGAACGCGAUACAAAAUCGGAAUAUAAUCCACAACAGGAUUCUGCUGUAGUUGAAAUAUUGUGUGAGUGGGCUGUAAGUGCCGAACGAUGGGGAGAACAUAGAGCAAUGGCAGUCGCGAAGCUACUCGAAAAACGGCAAAGCGAUGUUACUGGAGAAACGAAUGACAAUGAUGAUAAAGAUAGCGUCUGUAGUAAUGGAAAUCCACCUGUACUUCCAAUCUUUCAACCAUUGCUUAUGAAGUUUUUAGACAUGGAUGCCCCAGUAUUGGACAAUACAUCAACUCAAUCAAAAGUUCAGUUUACGAAUUUGGUUCACUUGUUUUCAGAAUUAAUUAGACACGAUGUGUUUUCGCACGAUGCGUACAUGUGUACGCUCAUCUCUAGAGGUGAUCUUAUACAAGGCCCCGUAGCCAGUAAGCCCGGAACUCCGAGUAAUCGUGAACAAAUUGACGAAGAUAGCUUAUUUCCGGGAAUAGACUUAAAACCAACGAAAUUAGAGGUAACAGAUCAUGGGCGAACAAUGGAUUAUGAUGACAGUAAAAUCGAUGAUGAUUUGGACAAGUUACUACAACAUAUUAAAGAAGAUCAACAAAAUAGUAUGGAUGCACCUGACAGCCCCAAAGAAGAUGCACUAGCUGGGCAUGGAACUCAGGAGGGGCUUGAUUCUAAAAUGCCAUCAAGUCAUAGUAGACAUUUAUUGUAUACGACACACUUUCCAUUACCACAGGACGAAACGUGCAGCCAACAUGAUUGUAACCAACGGCACGUAUUGCUUUAUGGAGUAGGGCGCGUCAAAGAUGAGGCUAGGCAUGUUGUUAAAAAAAUGACGAAGGAAGUGUGUAAAUUGUUUGGCAAGAAAUUUAGUAUUGACGUUGCAGAGGGUGGAAAAGUGAAAAAACAUUCCCGUAGUGAAUUCAACUUUGAGGCAAUUACUUUAAAAUUUCAAAACUUGAGUUAUUUUGAUCAGCAUGUAGUGACAUGGCAGUGCGCGACUCAAGUUAUCGAAAUGUUAAACACAUUUGCAUUAGUUGGGUCGUCGUAUUUGCCAGUACAAGAACAUGUAGCAUUUCUUUUCGAUUUAAUGGAGCUAGCUCUAAAUAUAUACGGUUUGAUAGAUGUUUGUAUUCAAAUUCUGAAGGAACUACCCGAAGUUGAAGCACAGUUAACGGUUAGAAAUAGUCAACUUGUUAGAAGCUACACCACAAGCUUAAGUUUGUAUGUUGUUGGAGUAUUAAGAAGAUAUCAUUGUUGUUUAUUGUUAUCUCCAGAACAGACAACGGCAGUAUUUGAUUUACUUUGUAAAAUCGUAAAACAUGUGUCCAAUCCUAGCGAUUGCAGUUCCGCUGAACGAUGUGUAUUAGCACAUCUUUAUGACUUAUAUUCGUCUUGUUCGUUAUUAAAAACAAAACCACACGGAGUAGAAGCAUUUAGUAAUGCUUAUCCUAAAAUUCGAACAGCCCUUUACAGUACGUUACAGCCAACUACAUCGAGCCACGUGUAUAAUUCGCAAUUCAUGGUGGACGUUUUUACUAGUCCAAGGCGGGGUGGAAAAAUCGAACCGCAAUGUGCUAGACAACUAAACGAGACACCGGCAAAUCGUUACAGUUUUGUUUGCAAUGCGAUCGUUGCGGUUUGCAGCGAAACAGAUAACGAUAAACUAAACGACAUUGCCAUAACUUGCGCCGAAUUAACGGCUUGUUGCAAUGCGCUCAAUGCUGAGUGGCUUGGUGUUCUCAUGGCACUCUGUUGUUCGUCUAAUAGUUCAGCUUUUUAUAUUGAUGUUCUAAAUCAAGUUGAUGUACAAGACUUGAGCAUACAUAAUUCAUUAGCUGUAUUUACGUCGAUUUUAAUUGCAAGACAUUGUUUUUCUUUGGAAGACUUUGUCGUACAUAUAGCACUGCCCUCUUUAGUUAAAGCUUGUAAUGAAGGUCGCGGAGAUGCGGAUAUGGAGGCCGAAGCCGGAGCACGAUUAACAUGUCAUUUGCUUCUACGACUUUUCAAAACGGUCGAGUGUCCUCAGCCAGCUUUGUAUUCCGUGAGCACGAGCCCUCACCCUUUACCAAAUGGAAAUUCCAGAGGGUACAGCAUAAAAUUGAGUUGCGAUAGGCACUUACUAGCAGCUGCUCACAACAACAUAAGAGUUGGCCCAGUUUUAGCUGUACUUAAAGCUAUACUUGUUGUCGCCGACGCAACGGCUGGUAAACAACCACCAAAGAAACCAGACGUACCUAUGAACCAUUCGAGCAAAGUAGGUGGACCAGCCAGUGUCGGAGUUGGUGGCGGCGUGAACACUGGUGGACCAAGCGAACUAUCUAUAAGUCAUAUCUUAGGUACCAGUGAUAUUCUAGGAGGCGGUGAUGAUUUGGGGCUUGAUUUAGCAAUGUCUUCAUCUAGCAGCAGUGCUGGUAUGACUACAGAAAACGUUAAGGGGCUAUCGGACUUUGCGCAACACGUCUUGAGACAAAUUUGUAGUCAAGAAUGGGUACUAGAAAGAUGUUUACAAAAUCCAGAAGAACUCUGUCACUCUGACAUGUUGCUUGACAAUAUGUUGACACAUCGUCAAGCUCAACGAUUGCUUCACAUGAUUUGCUAUCCAGAGACGUCCACAGAUGCAUUCACAGACCAGAAGACCCAUAUAACAAACAUUUUGGAGAAUCUAGAGCAGUGGAGUCUAAGAAUGUCAUGGCUAGAUCUUCAACUUAUGUACAAACAGUUUUCUCCGGGAUCAAACGAUCUUUCACAAUGGUUGGAUACAGUUGCUAAAGCUGCAAUCGAUGUUUUUCAACUAAAUACCAUGUCUAGUAAACUGGACAAACGAUCUGGUUCGAUAUGGUUAGUUGCGCCGCUUGUUUCAAAAUUGCCAAGUGCAGUACAAGGUCGAGUCCUUAAAGUAGCAGGUCAGGUACUAGAAUCUGGUAACUGGUCGAAAACGGCAGCUGGCCGCGAAAGAGGUAGAUCAAAAUCACCGUCUCUUUUUAAUCAUCAACCGUUCCUUUCACUAGUACUCACUUGCCUUAAGGGCCAAGAUGACCAAAGAGAAGGUUUAUUGAUGUCAUUACAUUCGCAAUUAUCUCAGUUCUUGAAUAUCAGUAAAGAAGAAAAAAACUUUGCUACUGAAGAUCCUAAAACAAGAGAGAUGCUACAGGAUGCGCUACAAUUACGAUUCAGUCUCGUUGGUGGAGUUUUUGAUACUAUACAAAGGAAUACGACUGCUACCACGGAUUGGGCUAUCUUGUUGGUCCAGCUAGUUAGCUACGGUGUUAUAGACUUAAAUAAUAAUUCCGAAUUAUUUACCACGGUCAUUGAUAUGCUAGCCACCCUAAUACAUUCUACUUUAGUUUCUGAUUCGCAAUCCGAAAAAGAUGAAAAUAAAAAACAUUAUCAGAAUUUAAUGAAAAAAUUGAAGAAAGAACUUGGUGAUAGAAAUUCUCCAAGUAUUCGUUUUGUUAGACAAUUGUUACCAUUACCUAAAUUGACAAUGGAAGUUAUUACAUGUGAACCGGUCGGAUGUUUAACAGACACGAAAGGCAAUAAAAUAGCUGGUUUCGAUAGCAUUGAUAAGAAGCAGGGUUUGCAAGUAUGUGAUUCUCAAAGAGUGUCAGCGUGGGAAGUAUUAGAAGGUCAUAAAAAUCCAGCGCCGAUUUCUUGGGCCUGGUUUAGAGCGGUUAAAUUGGAACGUAAACCUCUUACAUACCAAAAUGCCCAUAAACUUUUACGAUAUCAUACCCACAGCCAAAUUAGACUACCUAGUCACUACUUAGAUCCGCCACCAUUGCCUCCAGAAGAUUUAGAACCAGACAAAAAGGAAUCUGAGCCUGGCAAGGCUGACACUCCCAUGAGUAUCGACUCGCCUGGAAGAGUAACUGGUAACGUUGCUGGUAGUAGUAUCGGUAGUGCCGUUACGAAUGGCAAGGGAAAAGCUAUGAAAACUCGAAGAAGUAGAAAGAAUAAAGGAGCUGCAACACCCACUACACCUGUAUCACAGCAAAUUCAGCAAGCACCAAAUCAACUACAACAAAUAGCGUUCAGUAACCAACAAGUAGCUGCUACUCAGCAACCUGGAAUGUUUACUGGUCAACCACCGCAGCAUCAGCAACAGUGGUAUACCAAUCAACAAACUCACGCACCAGCUCAACAAUAUGGAUAUGGUCAACAAUUACCGCCAACUCCGGUUGGGCAAAGAUAUGACAGACCAGGCAUGAAUCAAUCGAAACAGGCACUCUCUCAUAUGUUACGCUUACGACUACCGUCCAAUCAACUGAUGAGCUCUCAACAGCAACCAAAUGCUGCACCUGUCGGUGCUCCAGGAGCUUUCCAAGGAAUGCAGAGGCAACAGUUCAUUAGACAACAAUUAAGAGCUCAACACGGGGCUCCGAACAUGAACCCGCAACAAGGAAUGUUUGCUUCACAGCAACAACAGCAACAACAACCACAACAACAAGGAAUUUACACUGGAAUGCAGCAAGGAAUGAAUCAAAAUUAUGCAGGAUACGGAGGUCAGCAAAUGAUACCACAGCAGCAACAGCAACAGCAGCAGCCACAAGCACCUCAGCAAACGCAGCAACAACAAUUGUUGCAGCAGCAGCAGCAACAGCAGGGUUUGAUGAAUCCACAGCAGAAUAUGAUGUUUUCCAAUCAGCAACAGAUGAUGGGUCCUCAACGGGGUCAGGAAUACAUACCACAACGGAUGCAACCGGGAGCAGCUAGGCCGCCAUACCUUCAGGUACAGGAAGAGAACAGAUUAAAUGAUAAUUCUAUUGAAAAAGGUUACUUACUAAAUAUGAUGUAUUUACUUUUUCAUCAGGCUCCGAAUGUUACAAUGAACACAAUGGGCCCGAUGGGAGGCGGAGUUCAAAAUCAACCAGCUCCACCAUAUAGACAAACUAGUGGAAAACCUGGCGCAGUUGGAGUAACGGGAGUGGGUACUGCGAAUGUUGGUCUGCAACAAAAUCAACAAUUCCAACAGCAGCAAGCAAUAAAUCAGCAACGUAUGAGGCAACAAAUGCUUGCAAUGCAACAGCAACAAGCGCAGCAACAACAACAAGCGCAACAACAACAGCAACAACAAGGCAAUGCUGGCGGACAACAACCAACACCGCAGUUAGUAACGCAUUUACAACGACAUUUGAGCCAACCGCCACAACACUAUCAACAUCAACCGCCGCCUUAUUAGUAGUUUAAAAUGUAAAUAAUUAAUUAAUAUGUUGUACAAGAAUAAUUUACAGAAAGUGUGUACAUCUGGGUCAUAAGAGUUACGUAACUUAAGGCAGUAUGAAUGUGUAAAGCGUGCCAUGGCGAAGGCAAUAAAAUGAAAAGGAUUGUAGAAAAUCAUUGAAAAUUAUAUAACAUCUUUUGCAUUUGU